UUUGCGGGCUCUUGGCUGUUUUCCCAUUGAGAGAGAGGCGGUUACAAGCAGGUGUGUUGAAACAGGUUCACCUCUGCCCCUCCCGGGGACGAUUGUGUGUCGGAUCGACCGCUCUGGAGGGCCGCUCGGCGCUAAGUGGGGGUUAAUUAACUUUGUUUCUGACAGUGACGCAACGAUGGCAAGUUCAAAUAGCUGUAUGGUGUGGCAGCGGUGAUUGGUCGGUGGCGACGCGUCACGCAGGUUGCCCCACAUUGUGUGCUGACACAUGACUAUGCAUGUCGCGGCGCAGUGGCGGUAGUCUUUGACGUCCGCGGGACACACUCUCCGCAAUUUACCCAAGCACGUCGCACCGGUAGGCCCUCCCGCUGCCGUCAGCUCGGCAGGAGUCCCGCGCCGACAACCUGCCCGCGCCGGUAAGGACGUCUCGCCCGCCCCGCCGCCAACCACUUGUUACCGCCGUGCCACCAGGGGAAGACACGCAGAGAGGGGUCGAGUGAAUUCCCGCCUAAUUAUCGCCUGAUAUGGUUACAAACACCGCUUGAUCUCUGCCACUGAUAUACGCCCACAACAGUGCCCCGGCCGGUGGCGAUGUUACAGGUGGAACCGGCCGUGUUGUGAGGGAGAGAGACGGGAGGAAACGUGCCCGGGCCCGCAGACGACACCUUGCCGGGGCGCCGCCAUUACAAGCGGCACACAGUACAUACACAAGGUGAGAGGGACUUGAGUCUAGCGUGGCCCCCAAAGAAUGAGGACAAUGCGGACCGUGCCAGUGUACUGCACCAAGCUCAAGUGCUUCAACGUUCUUCCGGUCAUCACCAUGGCACCGGCAGAUGAGGAGAACCCGGUGGACCCUUUCUCCUGCCUCCCUGACGAGCUCAUCCUCCGGGUCUUCUCCUUCCUCCAGCCGGCGCUGGUCCAUCUGCCUCCCGUAGCGCAGGUGUGCAAGCGCUGGUGCGGACUUUGCCAGGACUCGAGCUUGUGGACGUCUUUAAAGUUUUCCUCCACGACGUUCAGCUCGACGCAGCAGGAAGACGUCUUCUGCAACAUCUUACAACGUCGGGGAAACGUGCAAAGAAUAGACCUGAGCGCCUGUUGGAACCUGGUGACGGACAGGUACCUGGAGCAUGUCGGGAAGAACUGCAGUAAGCUGACGCAGCUGAACAUUUCGGGCUGCCGGCGAAUCACCGACCGGGGAUUGGCUCACGUGGCCAACGGCUGCAAGAAGCUGCGCAACGUCGUCAUCCACGCGUGCCCGGAGAUCACGUGCCAAGGCGUCGUCUCAUUGGCUAAGCAGUGCGUGAACUUGGAGGAGCUGACGAUCAGUGACUGUGAGGGACUGUGGCGCGACCCCCACCGCAUGAGAACGAUCCCGGCCUACUGCACGAGACUUAAAUGCUUCAACGUGGGCUGGUCAAGCGCCUCCCGUGGCAUAGUCAUCGACUUGGACAUUAAACACUUUGCCAUGUACUGUACGCAGCUCAGACAUCUCAACGUCAGGAGCUCGCAAAUCACGGACAAUGGAAUCGCGUACAUUGCGCAGUACUGCCGACUGUUGGAGCACCUGGACCUGGGCCACUGUUUCAUCACCGAUACCGGCAUGAAGUGUCGCUUCCCCCGCCUGCGCCACUUGGACCUCAACGGCUGCUGGCACCUGACGGACAGCGGGCUGAAGUACCUGGCCGCCAACAACCCCAACCUGGAGUACCUCAACAUUGACUGGUGCUUCCGAAUCACGGACAAGGGGAUCGAGCAUCUUGCCAAGCGGUGCCCCAAGCUGCGUCACGUCAGCAUGGCCCACUGCUUCAGCGUCAGCAAUCGCGGGAUCAAGCAGCUAUCGCAGAACUGUCCGGGCAUCGCGGAGCUGAACGUCAGCGGGAACUUCCUCCUCACCGACAAGGCGCUGCGGUACCUGGCGGAGUCCAACACCGUGUCUCUCAGGACGUUGAACGUGGAGGGCUGCACGCGCCUGACCGACCAGGGGAUGGGGCUGCUCCUGCAGACCUGCGCGCAGUUGGAGAGGCUGAAUGUCCGGGACUGUAGGAACUUGUCCCCCGACGGAAUGUGGCUCCUGAACAACAACAUCCACGUGGAGGGACUGUGCCAGCGAGAGAUUCCCAGUUUUCUGUGUAGCUGAUACUCACUAGAUAGGGUGUAUAGGCGCCGGGAGUGCCUCGCUAACUUGCUUUUGUGGAUGACAUCUUCUGGGUACUUUGGUGUGAAAAGUAUGAAAAUUCUGGAAAAAAGGGGAAAAAACAUCGAAUGUCAUCCUUAAAAUCAAGUUUGUGAGGUAUUUAAUUUGUAGACUAUUGCACAUGCAUGUUGGUGGAAGACUGUUUUCUAUGAGGAGACUUCCAGGUACAUUUCAUUGUGGAUCAAUCUUUAUUUGAUAAUUCGUUUUGUAGCUCUACAUUUUUGUCUGGGGUAGGUUUACGCCUAAAUCUUUUGUAUUGACUAUCAUCUAAUAGAAACAAGACAAUUUGCAAUGGAUGUGACGCCAUGUCACAAGAGUAAAACAUAGGAAAAAUGAUCAUUUGUUUGAACGUUAGAGAAUGGGGAAUGUCCCAAAAAUGUGCAUACAUGUUAAUCACUGUCAAUGACUCUUCAAUGCAGACCUGUUUGUAAAAUUUCAAUAUGUGGAAGUAUCGUACUGUUUUAGUAUAUAUUGUUAAUAUACAUAGGCCAGAAUUGACAACCAGUCUCCUGUUGAAUGCAUUUGCUUUGGCAAUGCGUUGUCUUCUCUGAACUAUUUGGGAACCGUUAUAAUUAAGAAUUUUGAAGUGCAGUUCACACAUAAAAAUAUCUUGUUCUACACAUUAUACAAAAAAGACAGACACUCCCGUAAAGUAGCAUAGGUUUCUCAAUAGAAUUCACAUACUUUUAGCAUGCAAUUCCCUAUGUAUGAAUCGUCAUUGAUAAUGGCAAUGAUACAAUGGAGUAAUUAUAGUAUAUGAUAAGAAUGAUAGAUAUUGUUAAUAUUGUUUUUGCCAAUCUGGAACCCUGUAAGAUAUGUGUCCGUGAUGAUGAUUCAGAUUUGUAAGGAAAGACAGGGUAUUUUUUUUCAUAAUUGAGCGGUGAAGGACUGCUGUUAUUAAUAAGGCCGUACAAACUUGAUUCUAUGGAUACCAUACCAGGAGACCAUACGACAGUGCUGAAAUUGCUCUUUUUUGUAAUAGAUAUUUUACAGAUUCAGACUGCUUCAAAUUCUUGUUCAAAAAUUAUUAUCCGCUCUUUUCAUUGCAUAGGCAAAAUGUUCUAGUCAUUGUCAUCCAUCAAAUCAUGUUUUCAUGGUCUAUGAUCCAAUCUUCUGUCAAUAGUUUGUUUCUAGUGGCAUGUGUAAUGGUAACCUGGUGUCCAGUCUGUCGUGGUUGGGGUGGGUUUUCUUCGGGGCUGCAGGAGCUCUUCCCCGCCCGACUCAGCUAGGUUCCCCCGGUAGGUUUUUCACGACGGGGGAUUGACUAGCACCAUCACUAUGAUGCGAAUCAACUUCCGGGGUGCCAGACUCUUAUUAGCAAAGCUCCUAGCGGGUAAUCUGUUGUACUGGGCGGGGGAAAACUAUUAGAGCCCCGAAGAGAGCUUAACCCAACCACGAAUAGACUGGAUACCAGGUUAGUGUAAUGGAUGAAGCAUUGUGCUCGCACCGAAAGUCAAUGCAAUACACUUGCAACAUGGUGCGAUGUGGACAACUCUUGAUUGUAAGUUCCGUGUCUUGUUCUGUGGAUUACAAAAAUAAUAUAUUUCAUCCAUACCAUGGUAUGGAGUGAAAUAUAGAUAUUGUUCUCGCAAAAGCCCCCAGGCUUGAGAAGAACAAUGAUUGUAUUCUUGUCUUUAAAAAAACUCUGAACAUUAAAACAUUGGACAUGAAGCAAGGAUUUCAACAAACAGCUCAAGAUCAUAGUUACAGGUGGCGGUAUCCCGACAACUAUUAUAUGAUUUCAGAAUGUCAAUUUUUGAUAAUUGUUUGAUUUGAUUUUGAUGUUUUUAUCCGGCAGAACAAAACAGACAUAUUCCAGAAUAUCUAGAUACGAAGAUUGUUCAUACGUCUUUUGACAUUGAUAACAAGUCUUUUUGUUAACGUACUUAAGCUGAGAAAUGAAUACAUGUACAUAUAUGUACACAUCCUAAUCGAACAAAGAAUGGUGUUUUAUGUAAAUGUGCAAAUGGUGUACUUUCCUGUAUAUACUAGCUUAAGGUAGACAUCACAGCAUUCUUUAUACAUUUAACCGCUGCAUUGUUGCUUCUUUUACCCUUUGUUGUACUAUGCUUAAGUGUAUUUAUUUUCGAGAAAUUGUUAUUUAUUAAUUGUGGGUGGGGGAUACAUUGGUAAAUAAAGCAUUCCAUUUUCUAUCUA